AUGUCGUUGAAGCACACGCCCCAGAAAAGUGCUAACGACAAAAUGGCGGAGUUGAAAACACUUGUGCACCUCCGUGGCCAAGCGAAGGCCAAGGUGACCAGGAUCCGGAAAGCAGUUGAAGGUGUCGAAGAAGCCGGUGUCGUUCAAUUUACCCUCGCCAAGCUGAGGGUGUAUGUGAGGAAUUUGGAGUCUCACUUCCAGGAGUACCUCAAUUUUCAUCACCAAAUCACCGCAAUGCUAUCACCGGAGAAGCUAGACGACAAUGACGCAACGUACAUCCAGUUUGAGAACCAUCAUAUGGAAACCGCAACGAUGGUGGAAGCUUUAAUUGAAUCCGCAACCCCGCAAGUCACUCCCGUCCAACCUUCAGGUGCUCAGCAGUUGCAGAUUGUUGUUCAGCAGCAACCGCUUCCGCUUCCCAUCCCCUCCUUUGAUGGGAAGCCGGAAAACUGGCCACGAUUCAAACAAAUAUUUUCGGAUAUCAUGGCCCGAUCGAAGGAUUCCAACGCAGUGAAGCUACACCACCUUGAGAGAGCAUUGGCGGGAGGCUCAGCUGCCAAGAUUCUCGACCCGAAAACACUUAGCGAAGGCAACUUCACCCACGCCUGGGCGCUGCUGCUUGACAUUUUGGAGGACGAGAGGAAGGCAGUCGAUGCUCACAUCCAUGGGUUGCUGAGCCUAAAGCGGAUGAGCAAGGAAUGUUCCAAGCAGCUGAGGGAGCUGCUGAACGAAGUAACCCGCCACGUCGAGGGAUUGAAGCUUUUGAAGCAGGAUUUGGAAGGCGUUUCUGAAAGGUUUGUCGUCGUCGUUCUGUCCGAUGCUUUCGAUCCCGAGACGAGGAAGCAGUGGGAAGCCACCAUUCCCCAUAAGGAAAUUCCGACAUACGAAGACACCGUGCAGUAUCUGAAGGAACGAUGUUCGUUGUUGGAGCGUUGUGAAGCAAGCCAUCCGAGACCGACAUCAGCUAAGGAGUCCAGCCUGAAAUCCAUCCCGAAGCCCCCACCGGCGAGAUCGUUCGCUAUGGUUACACCGGUAACUAAUAGUGAGACAAUGUGUGAGAUCUGCAGUGCGAGCCACCCCAAUUUCAAGUGCGACAAGUUCCUAUCCCUGACGGUACCCCAGCGUAGAAUCAAGGUAAGAGAGCUUAAUAUUUGUUUCAAUUGCCUGAGGAAAGGCCAUAUUGCCUCAAAAUGCCCUUCGACAAAAUCUUGCCAGGAGUGUCAAAGCAGACACAAUACACUACUUCAUGAGCCCAAGUUUGCCAAACCAAAUCCAAAGCCCGUUGUUGAGUCGCCAAGAUCCAAACCUGAACCCACCCAAAUUGUUGGAAGUACUCAUGUUCCGCCCACUGUUGAAAGUGUUUCGUCCUUGUCCAAUCCCGUACAUAAGGUUUCUCGUUCCGAUGGCACGCUUUUGCUCACGGCCAUGGUUGAUGUCCUUGACUGCCAUGGAAAUACCCACCCUUGUCGCGCAUUCCUCGAUUGUGGUUCCCAACCACAUCUAGUUUCCCGUUCCUUUGUGGAAGGUUUGGGAAUCAGCCAGUUACCCACCCAUGUGCAAGUAUUUGGAGCAGCCGGUAAAAGAUCGGUACUUGAUAAGAAAACAACACUUACAUUCCGUUCCCGUUGUAUGAACUACCAAGCUCAAAUCGAGUGUUUGGUCACCGAUGUGGUGACAAGUACCCUCCCUGGUCAAAAAUUGGAUCCUCGAUCAUGGAAAAUUCCCUCUGGUUUGUUGCUUGCCGAUCCUACCUUCCAUAUCCCAGGUGAAAUCCAAUUAUUGAUUGGAGUUAAACUGUUCUUCCAUUUGAUGCUGCCCGGACAGUUGAUGCUAGGCAACAGGCUACCCAUUCUUAAGGAAACCAGAUUGGGGUGGGUUGUUGCUGGUGGUGCUGACGAUGUGGAUGAUAAUCAGCAUUGCUAUACAGCCAGUCUACGGCCAUUAUCAGAAUGUAUGGAGAAGUUUUGGUCUGUUGAGGCUGUUGAGUCUGUCGAUGCCGUGUCCAAGGAGGAGCAGAAUUGUGAGCAAAUCUUCAAUUCCACUACCAUUCGUAACCUGGAUGGAACCUACACUGUCCAACUACCGUUGAAGGAAUCAGUAAGCGAGCUUGGAACCAACCGAACGUUAGCUUUGAAACGAUUUCACAUGCUAGAGCAACGAUUAUCCAAAAAUGCUGAGUUGAAGAAUGCGUACACUGACUUCAUUAAUGAGUACAAGGAUUUGUCCCAUUGUAAGCAAGUUUCCGAUUUUGACGUCCCCCCUGGAAAGUUGGUUCACUACUUGCCCCAUCACGCAGUCCUAAAACCAAGCAGUUCCACCACCCGUUUAAGAGUUGUUUUUGACGCCUCGGCACGAACAACAGGACCAUCUCUAAAUAAUGUCCUAAUGAUCGGUCGCACUGUUCAGGAUGACCUGUUUUCCAUAAUUCUUCGAUUCCGUAAACAUCGCUUCGCAAUAACAGCCGACAUUUCCAAAAUGUAUAGACGAAUUCGUGUUGAUGAGAAGCAUUCCAGUCUACAGAGAAUUUUUUCGAGGGAUAAUCCCAAUGACCCACUCCAGAUCCUCGAAUUGACAACCGUGACCUACGGGACUGCCAGCGCCCCGUAUUUGGCUACUCGAACAUUGGUACAACUUGCCCGAGAUGAAUCCCAGCGUUUCCCAAUAGCGUCAAGGAUCGUAGAAGAAGACGUCUACGUAGAUGACGUGGUAACAGGAGCAGAUACCAUCGACCAAGCUAUUCAGCUUCGUUCUGACUUGACGAAUUUGAUGAUGUCAGGAGGUUUCGGUUCAUAA